CUCUCUUCUUUCUCUCUCUAGCUCGUAUGGAGGAGGCGCGCAAGAGGCAAGCCGACGGAGCGGCGGACGGCGGCGGCGGCGGCGGGGGGGACCCCGACGCGAAGAAGCCGAGGCCGGCCGAAGCGCGCGCGGAGCCCCAGAGCGGCGGCGGCGCCGGCCAGGACGAGGACGACGACGACUGCAUACUGGCGUGGCUGGCGCUCGACGACGACGCGGUGUCCGAGCUCCUGAACCUCCUCGAGCCCGCCGAGUCGCCGCCCUGCUCGUCGUCGCCGUCGUCGGCGGCGGGGGGCGGCGCGGCCUUCAACUUCAAGGUGAGGUUCAUCGACGACCCGUACGCGUCGCCGGUGGUCUUCCAGUCCUCGUCGUCGUUCGUGACCAUCAACGGCAACGAGGAGAGCUGCGGGUCGUCCUUCUCGGAGUCGGAGUCCACGGUGAUGGCCAGCAUCGACACGCGCGGCAUCGGCGCCCUCCGUGGGGGGUGCGGCGACGCGGAAGCGGGCCGGGACCGGGGGCCGGAGGUGGGAGGCGCGUGGGCCUCGGGCUCGGAGGAGGGGGAGGCGCCGCGCGGGUGCGGGGUGGUGCUGGAGGGGUGGGACUGCUUGUUUGGCGCGGAUGCUGACGACGAUGCUGUUGCAGGGUUUCUGGGUGUGGAGGAGGAGGAGGGACUGCUUUUGACCGGACUGAAGUAAAUGCAGGAAUGCAGGUGGGUGGGUGGGUGGACGGACUAGGGUUAGGCUCCUUGUUCUUGGUUUCUUGGUGGGGCUUCUUCUUCUUCUUCUUCUUUAGGGUUUUUCUUUCUAGGGCUUUUAAUACUGUGAAUAGUAGAAGGAAGGUUUGGUAUAGAGAACAGAGAAUACAGAGUGGGAAGGAGGGGGAGGGAGACUGUGGUUCUCUUUUUUGGGGAAGUCCUUCUUGGGAAAUGGUGGGUUCUGCAGGUAGAGAGAGAAAGUGGCAUAGAGAGAGAGAGAGAGUCUUUCCUUCCCUUUUGUU